UCACUUCUCCUAAUUUCCUCAUUUUCAAAUUCCCCUUUCUUCCUCCCAUCUCUUCUCUAUUCUCGAAACCAUGGGCCCUUCUGCAAAGCCCACGAACCCUCGAGGACUCCAUUCCAUUCGCAACAAUCAGAUCAAACGCAAGUUAUCCGCUCUCCGGGGGGCAGAUGCUUUCCUCCUCGUCUUCAUUCCGCCAGAACCUUCCGCCAAUUUCAUCGCCGACGGUAAUCGCAGCCUAAACCCUACCCCGAACCAGGAGAACCGAAGGGUUUCAGUCGAAGAAGAGUUCGUUGCAAUGAAUAAAGUUCUUGAGAAGGUGAGGGCGAGACUCAACUUCCUGGAGUCUGUAGCUAAGCAGAAUGCCGAGAACUCGUCCAAUCACUUCUUCUGCCCCUGCUGUUGUUGGUGA